AUGGCAAGCCAAAAAGAGGACCAAUAUGGUCGCCUCAUGCAUGACGAAGAACAUAGCGAGAAUGUGGACAAGGAACUCUAUCCACGAUUUCAGUGGAAAAUUUCUCCUGUAAUCUGCUUGCUCAUAUCCAACACCUUUCUAGCGCUGGUGAUUGUAGGACUACUAGCCCGACUCUCCUACCAGCCCACGGCAUCAACCACAUCAAUCCCAUAUACUGGGGUUGGGCCCGUCCAACUACUUGAGGAUCAGCUUGGAGUCGUAUCAAAUGUCAUACAGACCUAUCGGUUCGCUGAGGAUAACCUGGAUGAUCUAGACUUCAGGAAGGGGGAUCCUUACUGGCGCGCCCUGUUUCCUAAAGGCGAGGGCCAAGUCUAUCUCGAAGACGAGGUUAUAGCGUCCUACAAACUUCCACCAUCCAUGAGAAACCCGGCCAAAGGAAACUUGACCGCCUACCUUAUGGCGGGAUACCAUUCCUUACAUUGCAUAGGGAGUAUCAGGCAGUCACUAGGGAGGUUCAUGGCAGCGCAUAUUAUUGGGGAGCAGUAUGAUAUAACGCAACACGAUUGGCUUCAUACUGUACAUUGCGUGGCAGACUUACGCCAAGUGCUAUUGUGCAAUUUUGAUGAGACUCUCAUGCCAUACCAAGCAACUAUACACCCUGGGUAUCACCAGAAAAAGGUGUGCAAAAACAUGCGCCCUAUCGAUGAAUGGCUAGAGUAUAAUUAUGAGGGGAAGUUCCAGGGCAACGUUUGA